UGCUGGAGAUCUCUCUUCUCAGAUGCAGGGAGAGCCAUAGAAGCCUGGAGACUUCUGGGCUGUGUUGGCCUGUGGAACUCCCUGCCGCUAGAUUGUCAUGACUGAAGACUCUCUCUGUUUCUCUCCCUCUAGGGAGGGUCAAAGCCCAACAGCAGCUUUGGGUGAGGGGUGCCCCUCAUCACACCAGCCAUGGCCACAGCCAGGGUUUUCAUCCCUCUCCUCCUCCUUGUGCUUGUGCCUGGGGUCUCUCCCUUCUGCCGCACAGGCACGGCUCAGGAGUGCAGGAGGAGCGUGGCCUUUGUGCCUGGGCACAGCCUGGUACGGGAGGGCAUCGACGUCACCACGCUGGGCUGGACGGGGAACUACCUGGUGGACACCAGCCUGUGGCGCGGCCCCAACGGCACCUGCACCUUGUGCCGGAACCCGCUGCAGGGGGGGCAGCUGCAGAGGGCGCCGCUGGCCGUGACGGACUGGAAGGUGAAUAUCUUGUGCAACCGGGAGCUCAGCACCUCGGUGCAGGAGUCGGCCGUGGCCGUGGCCCGGGCAAUGGCGUCCGAUGUGAACAACGACUGGAAGGUGGAACUGGAGCUACCGGGGGAGUCCAUGGGCCGGGCCCUGGAGGGGACCCGAUCCGAGCUCUCCGGCUUCGCCUACGAGAAGGAGCAGCAGGACAAGUUCAUGUUUGUGCUCCACGAGCUGCCCUGUGGGUAUUACAGGAUGAGGGUUCCCCCAAACCCUCCUCUGACACCCUUAUUCGCCCAAGCCCUGAGUGACCUUCUACCCACCUACGACCCAUCCACAUACCGACCCUUCCUGGCCACGUACGGCACCCACUAUGUGAGCCAGGCAGUGCUGGGCGGGCGUGUGCGGCAGCUGACGGCCAUCCCGACCUGCCGGGCAGCGCUGGACGGGCUGACAGACGCUGAAAUCAAGGAGCGCCUGAGCUCUCAGUUCCUGCAAGACCUGGGUUUGAGUCAGCUCCCCUCCGGCUCCCACGCCCAGGAGCCGAGCAGCCAGAGCAGCUGGAGCUCCCAGGCGGCCUACACGGAUCACCGCACUGAGGUGACGGGGGGCCAUGGCCAUGCCAACCUGCUCUACUCCACCAAGCAAGACCCCGGGGCCCUCUCGGCCUGGCUGGAGAGCCUCAAAACCAGCCCCAACCUGAUUUCCUUCUCCCUGUCACCCAUCCACACCCUGGUGAGGCCAGGAGACCCCCGGCGGGAGGCGCUGAGGCAGGCAGUGAAGGAGUACGUGGCUGAGCGGGGGCAGAGGAGGUGCCCUCGACGGUGCCCACAAGGCGGCUACGCCGACCCCUUGGAGCCCUGCAAAUGCCGUUGCUCCGGAAACCCCUUCACCAACUCCAUGUGCUGCUCCCUGCAGCGGGGCCUGGCCCGGCUGAAGGUCCAUAUGAUGUCGGGCAAAGACCUGUGGGGGGACCCCUUGUCUCCCAGCGACCCCUACGUCAAGGUCAUCUUCCAAGGGCAGAAGCUGCAGACGCGCUACAUUAAGGACAACAACAACCCCCAGUGGUUUGAAGACCUGGACUUCGGGGUGGUGACGCUGCCGGUGAAGCCCGAACUGGAAGUGGAGGUGCGGGACAGUGACCCGUGGCCAUGGGUGGACAGCCACCUGGGAACCUGCCACGCCCACCUCAAGGCCAGCAGGAACGUGACUCAGAGCUGCGUCGUCUCGCCCGGCCUCGUGACGUAUUCCUACUCCCUGGAGUGCGGGCCCAACCUGGGCGGGGACACCUGCCAGGAGUACGUGCCCGUGAGGGGCUAAGGGGGCACCUGCCAGGAGUCCUGAUGUCCAGCCCCUGCUCUCACCACUAGCCCCCACUUCCUUUCCUGAGCUCACAUAGCUAAUGUUUUAGAAAAUUAAGCAGCGCUGCCUUUCAACCCCACGCCAAGGCCAGGCCGGAGGGAGAGCAGGGAUGUGCUUACACACGUUCCCUUGUUGCAUUUCACUGCAGUUGUACAUUUGCUGCAGUGAAAUGAAGUUGCACAUUUAAACUAAUAAACGUGUGUG